AUGAGGGUUGUGAGAGAUGAUAUCAUGGAAGGAACCUGCCCGCAAGAAAUUGCUAACGCCACUCUGGACUACACUCUCUUCGACUAUGGUGCUGCUUACACGAAUUUCACGUUCUUGUUCGGCUGUCCUCGGUCGAAUCUUCCUGGCUUAAUAAGCCUUACUUCUUGCGGGAACUCCGAGUACGGUGGCGUUUAUGUAAUUCCUGGAAUGCGGGCCCCGGUUAAUUGUAAUUCAAGUGUUGUGGUUCCGGUGGACGUAAGUGGUAACGGGGGCGUGGGCCCCACGAACACGACCCGGUUGGAAGAAAUUAUCCGACGGGGUUUUGUGAUUACGUGGAAGGUUAGUAGCAAAAGUUGCAUUGACUGUACCGAGUCGGGGGGUCGUUGUGGGUAUGAUCCCGAAGCGAAUCGAACGACUUGUUUUUGCCGUGAUCCGCCUUGCGCUUCUGACACUUGUUCAAUGGCUAGUGGAGCUUCACCAGCCAAUAGACCACAGCCGGGUAGCUAUCUACUUUUAUUGACUUGUUUGAAGUCUUGA